CUUGCUGUGGGCCGAAGCCUCCCCUCGGCCCAGCAGGUAAAGGAGAAGGACUGAGGAGUUACAGAGGCAGGAGAUGAAAGUCAGGAUGCUUCACUUCAUUGUUCUGCAGUUUGCUGCAGGCUGGAAACAUGAGGACGCUUCACCUGAAAUACAAGGUAGAUAUGUGAAAGGAUGAGGAGUAAAAAAAAAAGAAAAAAAAGAAUAGUGAACAAACUCAGGAUGAUUGUUUUUCUCCUGUUUUGUAGAAGAGGAGCAGAUAAAUAACCAGUGAAAAGGAGAUGGUGGAUCCUCUGUCAGACUGCAGCCCCCUCAUCAGUGCAGCGUCCUCGGGGAAGCUCCGUCUGGUUCGCCUGCUGGUGGAAGGUGGAGCUCAGGUGAACGGACACAACCCCGGAGGAGAGACGCCUCUGCUGGCUGCCUGCAAGGCUCUGAGAGGGGAACCUGCUGGGCCCAACACCAUGAGACUCCUCACAUACCUGCUGCAGAACAAGGCGGAUCCUAACGCCCAGGACCGGGCUGGUCGUACUGCUCUCAUGUACGCCUGUAUGGAGCGAGCAGGAGCUCAGGUGGCCUCCACCCUGCUGGCAGCAGGAGCCGACCCCAGCAUGGAGGACUAUUCUGGAGCCUCAGCCCUGGUCUACGCCAUCAACGCCCAGCACCACCCUACAGUGAAGGUUCUGAUGGACGCCUGCCGGGCCAGAGGUCGUGACAUCAUCAUCAUCGCCACGGAGAUGGGUGUGAACGGGGGUUCUGUGACCAGGCGUUACCUGAACGUACCUCCGUCACCGGACACCUCGCCGGUGUCCUGCAUGUCUCCCUCUGAUAUCUUCCUCAAGACAGGAUCCCCAAACUCACCCAAGGGAGAAAACAUCUUCAACUUCAGAGGAACAAGCAAAUAUGGCAGCAGCAGCAGCAGCAGCAGCAGCAGCAGCAGCAGCAGCAGCAGCAGCAGCAGCAGCAGCAGCAGCAGCAGCAGCAGCAGCAGCAGCAGCAGCAGCAGCAGCAGCAGCAGCAGCAGCAGCAGCAGCAGCAGCAGCAGCAGCAGCAGCAGCAGCAGCAGCAGCAGCAGCAGCAGCAGCAGCAGCAGCAGCAGCAGCAGCAGCAGCAGCAGCAGCAGCAGCAGCAGCAGCAGCAGCAGCAGCAGACUUCCCUCCUCAGAGCCGAGUCCACUAAGUCAGUGCAGCUCUCCAUCUCCCAGACAGAGGAUAUUAUCUGAACCUUGGCUCGCCAUCCACAACCUGGCCUGUCUGAACAGAGCUUACGACGAGGGCACGAGGGAGAGGAGCCCGCUGGAGGAGGGAGGACGGAAAGAGGAUGAGGAGGAUGAAGACGAGGGGUCGCGCCAGCCCAGGGUGGCUCACAGGAGGGAUAACAGACAUGAAGAGGAGAAUUACAGCAGCUGCUGUGAGGAUUUCUCUCUGAGGGCUUCUCUGUCAGUCCUCUCGCUCACAGAGAUGGACUCGGCUCACGCACAGUCAAGCAUCCUGAGGAGGUGUCUAACUCCUGGAGGGUCAAACUCAGACAACAAGCUGCCUGCCUUCCCUCCGUUUAACUCCCAGCUCCGUAGAAACACCCUUCCAUCUGUCACCGUGGUCCCACCUCUGCUUCACCUCCCUCCCUUGGACGCUCACCUCCAGGUUCCGACCCAAGCUUCACCCUCCAGAAGCAGGAGGAUGGUGUUUCUGCCUCACCCGCCCAGCUCCUCUCCUCCCUCAUCUUCCUCCUCCAGAGCCAGGCCAGCGUUACUCCCCCCGCUGGCCCUCUCCUCCUCCGUCACCUCCCUGGUUGCUCUGUCCACCUCCAGGAAGUCGCAGCGACGUCACUCGGUGCAGAUGGAACAGACCCUUCAGACCUGUGAUACUUUCAGUAGUCAGUAGUGUCCAAAAUAAAGUUAACCCUCCUGUUGUCCUCAUUUACGGGCACCAAAAAAUAUUGUUUCCUUGUCUGAAAAAAACCCAAAAAUUCAGCAAAAAAAAUCCCCAAAUUUCUGAAAAUUUGCAAAACCUUCAGGAAGAAAAUUCCAAUAAUUCGUUAAAAGUUUCCCUUAAAAGUUUUAUUUAAAAAAUGAAUCCUCCAAAUUUGGCAAGAAAAUUCUUGGAAAUAUUUUUAAAAUAUGAGUAAAAAUCUUCCAAAAAAAUCCUAAAAAUAUCUAAAGUGAUUACAGAUACAUCAGUAAAACUUCUAAUAUUUUCUUAAGAACAUUCACAAAAAAAUCAACCAAAAUCCAGCAAAAUUCGCUGGAUUUUGGUUGAUUUUUUGAUGAAUGUCCUUAAGAAACAUUUCUAACAUCUUUUUUUCCACAAAAAAUGUUGAAAAAUUUCCCAAAAAUGUUGAAAAUGUGGAGACCAGAAGUUUCACUGUGAAAAUACUUUUUUUCCCCACACAUUUUUAAACUUUAAAAAGGGGUCAAUUUUGACCUGCAGGACGACACGAGGGUUAGAGACUAGAAUAUUUUCACAAAACAGUUCAGGAAGCACAGUUUGAAACGGCAACUUGAUUUUGGUAGCUAAGAAUAUUGUUGCUCCUCACUGUUAAGUGGCGACAAUUUAGUUUUUCUUCGCAUUAAGUUCAAUUAUAUUUCUUGGCUUACACCAUUUAUUUAAUAGACUACUAUUUGUCAUACUUUGCUGCCUUUGAAAAAAAUGUUUCCAAUCCAUAAAAAUAUUUCCUUUUUAACCUUUGUUUUAGGUAAUUUAGUUGUAUUUUUAAAUCUUAAACAAUGUUUCAGAUCUCAAGUCUGGAUCAUGAAGAUUAAUGACACAUUGUUAUUUAUGGCACGUCUGCAAAUUACAGUUUAUACAUGUUUAAAGAUGAAAAAGUUGCAAUUUAUAGGCAACAAUAUAUAAAUACAAUAUAUCAUUGGAAAGUCUAGUUACAGUAUUAAACAGUAAACCUCAUACCUUCUACCAUAGAGCACUGUACAAAAUUAUGCAGUUAUACAAAUAAUAAUAAACGGUUGAUUUAGCUUGAUUUUCAUCAUGGGAGUGUUUAAUAGUUGGGAAUCAAGUAAAUGAAAUUUAAAAAAAACUGAUUUAAACAUAUUUUUGCUGACUUCUAAGUUGCCGAUAUGUUCUUUCAAUGUCUUUGAACUAUUCAGUCAAUAAAAAAUAAAUCUCUUU